ACGUCAGGGUAGGGAGCUGGAGAAGCCAGCCCUGUGUAAUGUGAAUUUUCUCUCUCUCUCUCUCCCUUUCCCUUUGCUCCGAGCUGUCACCGUCGGGAGGGCGGGCAUGGAAAGUAGAUUCCGGGCCCCACAGAACCGCAACCUACCGGCCGCUGUCACUCAGUGCUUCUCGGUGGUGGCACUGUGUACGGCUGUGGCCGACCCCAACUGGUUCCAGGUCGCCCUGAACGGCACCUCUCCGCAAAUCUACGGAGUGGCUUAUGUGGUCCACCUGCAGGGAAACCUCACAGCAGAUCCCAAUACCGUCCUGAACUAUGAAGGGAUUUCUCUACUUAUUGUGAUGGCCACGUGCAGCUACUUUGGAAUAUUAACAGGCUUUGGAGCUUUCAUUCUCAGCUUCCUGGGAUCAAGACAUCCACUUUUGUUCAACUUGCCGAUUACGCUGCAUUUUAUAACAGCCACUUUGGACAUGGUGUCAUUGGCACUAUGCUCAUACCUGUUCUUUGAGGUGAAGACAAGACUGAGGAGAAAGGAAUUUCAGAAGAUAGCGAUGCAGGCAACCCUGGGUGAAAGUUUUGUGAUUGCUGUCUUUGGUGUGAUGUUCUCAGUAACUGCCUCAGCCCUAAGUCUACACAAGUCCCUGUUGAAGGACCCAAGACUGCUGGGGAGCAGAACAGAAGAAGAGUCCACUCUGGUAACACAUGAACAAUGCCAAGACAAUGACUAGAUUUGGCUAAACAUCUUGCACUGCAUCACCAUGUACUUGUUUGGAGCUGUCUAGUUGACCUAGGGUUCUGAUCGCAUUUUAACUGUGAAGAAAUGCAGCACCCAGGGACGUUGGGCAGCCAACACUGCAGAGGGGACUGGUCAGUUUAAAAUGAAAAGGGCCAAUGGUUUUUACCACUGGUUAUUGAAAGCUGAAAAGCUGAGAAAGAGAAAAGAUGCUUUAAUGUUUCGCUGAUCAGUUUUGUUUUUUUAUUUUUUAUUAUUCUUUGACACCAAUUGAAGUAGCUUUUCUGAAGGGAUUGCUCAAUCACUGAUCAAAAUCAAUAAAAGAUACUGAGCUGUACAGCACAACCUUGACCCCCCUGUAUUGUGUUGACUUUAUCAGCCUGAGGUAUGGCAGCUGAUGGAACAUUACAAUUAACCUUCAUGUCCUGGCUAAAGGUCAAAUGGUCAAAUCAGAUGCUCCUUUGAUUCCUGAUUGCUAUCCAGUGACUUUCAUUGUCAAUGUUCCUUUUCCUUUUCUGAAGAACUUCUAAUGAUCUUUUUCUGUCCCAAUGCUCUAACUUCUGGUAAAUCAGUAUUGGAUGACUGAUGGACAUCAAGUAUGGUCAAAUGAAUAUGGUUGACCAGGGAGCAGAGCUCUUCUCCAUUUCAAAGCCACAUCCCUCCAUUUCGAAGUAUGUUUUCCCUCAUGAGGGAGUCUAGAAAAGUGCAAAGAAUUUAAAUAAAUGACUGCAUGUUUCAGAAGGCCUUAAACCUUUGAAAUUAUUAUCUAAUCCAGACAAUUGGAGCCGGUGCCUUUGAAUAUACUGAGUUAGACAGACUUUUGAUUGACAAGUUGAGAUGACAAUCAAUUCAGCUGUGAUUUUAUGAAAUGGAGGGCAGGCUAAAGGAGCCAAAUGGCCUAUUCCGGCUCCUAUUUUAUUGCCUUUUCUUCCCUUACCUUUUAUUAAUUCAGCUUAUUGAGGCUACUUAGGGUCAGAUAUGUCAGCAGAACAAAUGAGACACAGACGGAGGAGAAAGGGUUAAGAAAAAUGGUCAUGUCCCAGAGUUCCAAAAGGGGACAGAGGGGCAAUAGCACUUUCAUGUGAACAGUGUUAGGCUAGGAGCAGAGAAGAGUAGACAUGCCACCCUAAGGCGUUACUGGAGCAUUGAACAGAUAUGAUAUUACAGUAAGUAAAGGUUAGGUGUCCCAUCAAAACAAGAUUAAAGACAGUGGUUGGCCAUCUGUUUGGUUCCCCAUUACCUCUGUGUGUGCCCUAGUGUUAACUUACCAUUCAAACAUCAUAGUUAAAAUUUGACCAUGGUUGAAUGAAUGUAAUCAUAUGUAUUAUAGGUUGCUGGUACGUUCAAAUCAUGUAAUGUUCAUGUAAAAAGUAACAUAAAAAUCAGUGUUUUGUAACAGCUCAGGGAGAUCCAGUUUCCUCAUGGGAAGCAUGUUUCUCACUUACAAAUGCAUGAAUAAACACCAGUGAAGUUUCCAAA